UUCACUUAUAUUUGGCAAUAUUUCAAUAUAUUACUUAACAGCUCGCUCUUCUGUUCCUCAGCAUUUUACAAACGAAAGUAAAACUUAUGGAAAAGCGGAAUACCGAGUGACGCGAACAGGUUAUGUUUCUCUGUAAAAUAAACCGCUAUUUCAUUAAUUACAUUAAUACAUAAAAUUUAUAUUCCCUUAAUAUUGCCAUUAAUAACUGUAGACAAAUUUUAACAAAUCUUAGAUUUUAUACUUCGAAUCAAUUUUUUUCUACUGCGAAGUCGAAUGUACCACAGUACAGAGGUGGAGUAAAACACGUGAGUUCAUGAUCUCCAGUGAAUGAUCAUUGCCUGGUAUUUCACUGUCACUCUGAGACACAUCCAGUUCUGCAGGUGACCUGGAAUGACAGGAUCAGUGAUGAAGAUCAGUUGGUCUGAGUGUCUCUGUUUGAUCCUCCUGCUUCUCCAACAGACCACUGUCUCCACGUUGGAGAGCUUUGAGGUUCUUGGUCCAGCUGAUCCUGUAGUUGCUGUAGCUGGUGAAGAUGUUGUUCUGCCCUGUUACCUCAAACCCAACAUCAGUGCUGUGGACCUGAGUGUCGAGUGGUUCAGGGUUCAGACCAAAGACCCACUUGUACAUCUUUACCGGGAUCAUGAGGACAGAAAUGAGAAGCAGAUCCCAUCUUACAGGAGAAGGACAUCACUGUUCCCUGAGGAACUGAGGAACGGAAACACUUCAUUAAAAGUUAAAAAUUUGCGAGGAUCUGACAAUGGAGAGUAUAAAUGUCUUGUCCAGUCGGGGAAAUUUUAUGACGAUUCUUCCAUUGAAGUUCUUAUUAAAGCUGUAGGAACCCAACCAGUGAUCUCCAUCGAGGGAUAUAAAGAAGGAGGGAUCAGUCUGGUGUGUGAAUCUAAAGGCUGGUACCCUCAGCCUCAAGUGCUCUGGAUGGACAGUGAAGGACACAGUCUCCCUGCUGGACACACAGAGACACACACAGACAGUAUGGACCUCUUCAUCUUGAGACGACGUGUUAUUGUACAGGAGACAGAGAUCAACAGGUUCACCUGUCGAGUUCUACAAGAGGACUUAAAUGAAAUAAAAGAAACAAUGACUGAAAUCCCUGGUGAGAUGUUUCAUCGUGCCCAUCCCUGGAAGGUGACCUUUGCUGUGAUCUUCAGUCUGGCUGCUAUCAGCUUGAAACUCUGUCCUGUAAGAAUUGACACGAAAGACACAGAUAAGUCCAGACUGACUGCAGUAUCUGAUUCCAUGUGUCUCAUUUUUAUUUCUCUCUCUACAGAACUUCUGAAGGCACAAAGAUACGCAGUUGAUGUGACUCUGGACCCUGAUACAGCACAUCCUAAACUUGUCCUGUCUGAGGACAGGAAACAAGUGAGAUAUGGAGACACAUGGCAGGAUCUUCCUGACAACCCAGAGAGGUUUAAACGCCGGAUAGGUGUCCUGGGAAAAGAGGGUUUUUCUUCAGGGAAACAUUACUGGGAGGUGCAGGUUGGGGACAAGACUGACUGGACUUUAGGAGUGGUCAGGGAGUCCAUCAACAGGAAAGGAGAUUUUGAACUAAAUCCUAGUGGUGGUCUCUGGGCUCUCAGACUGGGGAGUGGGAAGUACAGGGCUCUCACUGACCCUCGUGUGUCCCUCCACCUGAGUGUGAAGCCCCAGAAGGUGGGGAUGUAUGUGGACUAUGAGGAGGGUCAGGUCUCCUUUUACAGUGUGCAGACCAGAUCUCAUAUCUACACUUUCACUGGAUAUAAAUUCACAGAGAAACUCUAUCCCUACUUCAGCCCAGGAUUCUGGUAUCGCAGUGAGAAUUUAGCCCCACUGAUAAUAUCUCCUGUGAGUCACACAGACUAAAGAAACUGAUUUUAGCUUUAAUGUUCAGGUCAUGGUGUUAUAUUCUGAUUUAAUUCCCAUUCGGGGUUUGUAAUAUCUCCAUCGAAACAUGCCUUUUGUUUUGUACACAUUGCGUUGCUUUUAAAUAAAUAUUGUUUAACAGCAGCUAUGUUUUAAAGUUCCAACAUGUGGAAAUAAAGAGAAUCACGUCAUGCAAAAUUCAGUAAUUUCCAAAUAUGAACAUUAACAAGCCUGUUCAAUAUAUUUGCAUGUUCACGUUGUAUCCGAAUCGACGAUUCCUGAUCACUUUACUAUUGUCUUCCUUGAUCCUUCUCAUGAAAGUAGUCUUUUUUUGUAAAACUAAAACAAUAAGCAACACUAAUUACUAAACGUUAAUUACAUAUCUUUAAAUACAAAUAUCCAUAAAUACACCUAAAUAAUGUCUACACUAUUAACAUAACGUAAACAUUACAUUCACGCUGCUAUAAUUUACUAAAAACUUAACGCAACUUACAAGCGAUACUUUCCGAGGCACAAACAAGGAGGAAACAGACUGCAGCCUCCAGCCGACCGCAUGACACACAUCGACUGAGGACACUUCCUGAUUCUUAAACAAUAGCUAUACUUGUGUCACGUGGC